AGUCACCAACUUGGUAACUUGACAAUUAAAAUCCCCGUCCUGUCCGCCAUAACCUCACUUUGUCGAGAAAAAUCUGUGAUCAAAAAGUGGUGUUUUCGGUCGUUUUUAGGAAAAUGUCCAAUCAGGAAAAACCGGUAAAAAUCUCGAAACAAUUACGUUUAAAAGCUCACGAGUUCCUCUCGUCUCGUAAAAAUUCCGAACAUUUGCUAAGUAUUGUACGUCAUUUCGAAUCGGGUGCGGACCUGUCAUCAUGUUUACUCACUUUGGAAUUGAUAUUUACGAAUUUAUUAAAAGACAGGGAUAUGUACAUAGAAGUGGUUCCAUUAAAACCCAUCGAAAAAACUGAAACGAAUCAAUACAAGGAAUGGUUGAGGAACUUGUAUGAAAAUUGCUUUAGUAAAAUUCUUGAAUCAUUUGAGAAUGACUCGAAUAAGAUUCAAAUUCAGGGUUUGUCCACUGCCAUGAAUAUUAUUUCCUAUGAAGGAAAAUUUCCUUUGGAGAAUAGAGGGAAUUUGGAGUGCUAUGUACCACUGAAUAGACUAAAGCCUGUUUUGAUGAAACUACUCUCAAACAAGCACAAUAACGUUCAUCUUAUAAACAAAUACACGGAAUAUCUUCUUUAUAGUGACAUUCUUUUCUUUUCUUGGAAACUCUUACCGUCAUUGACGGCUAAAACUAACCCAAAUGAAACGUACAUAAUGAAUUAUUUACGCUUACUUGAAAAACUCGAAUUGCGGAAACCCGACGAACAGCAAACUUUAUGCGGAAAUGAAACUGGUGAUUUUUUCACAUUUGACGAAAACGUUCCUCUCCGUGCGUUAAAUAAAGUGUGGCAUUGUGUCAUGUUGUGGGAGCACAGCCCCCAAACCCACAAACAACUCUUGAUUGUUCUUCUCGAACGCGCCCUUCCCCACUUGGAAAAACCCCUUUUCCUAACUGACUUUCUCAUGGAUUCGCUCGAUGUAGGAGGCCCUGUUAGUUUGCUCGCCCUCCAAGGAAUAUUCACCAUGAUCCAAGUCCACAAUUUAAACUAUCCCAACAUUUUCGCUAAAUUGUACUCAAUGUUUGAACCGGAAAUCUUCCACACCAAAUAUAAGGCGCGUCUUUUCUAUUUGUCUGACUUGUUUUUGAGUUCCACUCAUCUGCCGGAAAAUCUUGUUGCGGCUUUUGCCAAGCGCUUGGCCCGUUUAGCUCUCAUUGCGCCCUCUGAAGACGUCGUCAUCAUCUGCAUGUUUAUAGGGAAUUUGAUUUUGAGACAUCCAGGCCUCAAAUGUUUAUUGAAUAAUCCAACGGAAGGCACCGCCAGCUCUGAUCCAUACAUAAUGGAAGAACGCGAUCCAGUCAAGUCAAACGCUAUCAACAGUUCUUUGUGGGAACUGAAGAGUCUUCAACAGCAUUCAAUACCAAGCGUUGCAACGGCCGCUAGAUUCAUUAAUUCACCUUUGCCGACAAUCGAAUGGGACUUGAGUCGGAUUCUGGACGAAACUGGAGAUGAUAUUUUCGAUAAAGAGGUGAAAAAACAUGGAAAAUUGAUCGCGUUGGCCUUUGACAAGUCACAUGAUCAAAUUCUACACUAUUGGAACAUUUAAUUACGAGACUGGAUCAAGGUAAUAGUCACAUGUACGGAAUUAUUCAAAAUAAUUGAUUUUGAAUGAUUCUGUAUAGAUAUUUUAUUGUGAUAAGGAACGGGCGUGCCUUGACCAUUAUUUGCGUCAGGACAUAUCUACAAUGUGUUGCGGAUUUCCACCGUUUAAAUCACACGCAUUGUUGCUGUGUAACAUUUGUUACCUAGCUAACAAUCGGCAUUGGUGUGUGUAUUCAUCAUUUCAGCUUACACCAUCAUGUAUUUUUUAUUGACUUUUGAUUAAAAAAUACAACUCAUUAAUUUAUCCAAUUGAAAGGUGAUUUUUCAAUGCCUAAAGUAAUGUUGAAAAUAACAAAAAAAAAACAUCGCUGUGUUAUUUUUUAUGUAUUAAUACUUUAGAAUAGUAUUUCUUAAUGUGUAUUGUUAUUUCUAAUUUUUGAUGUUGAAUAAAAUGUUGCUUUUUUCAA